AUGGCUGUGCAGCUGGACGGAGGAGGGAAGGAGGACCUGAAAACACAAUUCGUCACGCGGGAGGGCACCUACAAGCUGAUGACCCUGUCGGAGUACUCGAGACCGAACCGAGUCGGCUACACCAACAGCCAGGGCAGCGCGUCCGUCAGGGUGUCCUUCGUCACGCUGCCGGACCCAGCGGACCCCACGGGCGCGCAGGGCCUCGGCGACCGAAUGUGCUUUAACUUCGGCAAGGAGCUCUACGUCUACGUCUACCGCGGCGUCAAGAAGGCCGUGGACUUGAACAAGCCGGUGGACAAAAAGUUAUACAAGGGAACUAAUCCGACCUGCCACAAUUUCAAUCAAACGACAGCGACGGCCGACAGCGCGCCGUUGCUGGUGGGAUUCUCCACGGGGCAGAUACAGCUGAUCGACCCAAUAAAGAAGGACAGUUCCCAGCUCAGCAAAUUGUACAAUGAAGACAGGCUGAUAGACAAGAGCAAGGUGACAUGCAUAAAGUGGGUUCCCGGGUCGAACAACCUAUUCCUGGUCUCGCACAGCUCCGGCCAGCUGUACCUCUAUAACGAAGAGCUGCUCUGCGGCACCACCGCGCCGCACUAUCAGUCCUUCAAGUCGGGGGACGGAUACGCCAUAUACACCUGCAAGACGAAAUCCACGAGGAACCCGCUGUACCGGUGGGUGAUAGGCGCGGAGGGAUGUUGUAUAAAUGAAUUCGCCUUCAGUCCUUGCGGCACGAACCUGGCAGUGGUGUCGCAGGAUGGAUUCCUGCGUGUUUUUCAAUACAAUACUAUGGAGCUGGUCGGCUCGGCGAGGAGCUACUUCGGCGGUUUUCUGUGCGUGUGCUGGUCGCCGGACGGACGUUACGUGGUGGUGGGCGGCGAGGACGAUCUGGUGACUAUCUGGAGCUUCCACGAGAAGCGGGUGGUGGCGCGGGGUCAGGGUCACCACAGUUGGGUGAGCGUGGUCGCCUUCGACCCGUACACGACGUCCUACGGCGACCACGAUCCCGACUUCAGCGGCUCGGACGACGAGACGAUGCCGCACAACAAUCACAAUCACUUCCACGAGAAGUCGCAUCGGCUGUCGACGACCUCGCAGAGCGGCGGCAUUCACUCGAAUCGCAAUUCCUGCGGCUCCGAGCUGAGAAUGUCGGGCGGCACGUGCUACAGGUUAGGCAGCGUGUCGCAGGACACCCAACUGUGCCUAUGGGACAUCACGGAGGACGUGCUGCGGCAGCCGGUGUGCGCCAAGCAGAGGCCCUCGGCGACGUGCAGCACCAGCGGCGGCACGCUGUCGUCCUCGGGCACGUUCAACAGCGGCAACGGGGCGGCGACCACGGCGAACCACCAUUCGAACUCGAAUGCUAAACAUAAUAACUCGAAUAAUGUAAACUUCAAAGAGAACGCGAGUGGUAAUAGCGAGACGAGUAACAAUAGCACUAGCACGAACGCCGCGGUGGCGACCGUCAAUUCGCUGACGCAGAGGCUAGCGGGACUUGGCUUCGGCGAGCGUAAGGGUGAUAAUCACAAGAGAAACUUUAGCCUGACGAUGCGGGGUGGCGGUGGUGGCGGUGGCGGUGGCGGCGGUGGUGGUGGCGGCGGUGGCGGCGGCGGCACCGGUGCGACGGCGACGGCGGCCAAUAACAGCGUGACGACGGUCGUGCAGAACAAUGGUGGCGACAAGGCGAGCACCGGCAACUCGACGAGCACGACGAGUAGUAGCCUGAACAACAGUGUCGGUGGGGGUGGUUUAGUAGGUGGGACGGGAAGUAAAAAGGUUAGUUCGGUGAUGGACGAUCCCAUGAGGUUGAUAGGGACCGCCUGGUGUCCCAGGUUCGACGAGUGCCCGGUCCUCGAGCCGCUGGUGUGCAAGAAGCUGGCGCACGAGAGACUGACUGAAUUAGUGUUUAGGGAAGAUUGCUUCGUGACGGCGUGUCAGGAUGGAUACGUGUACACGUGGGCGAGGCCCGGCCACAUGGUAGGUCCUCUCACGAUAAGCAGCACCCUGCACAGGCCAUCACACCAUCAUAGCAACAACCCCUACACUAGUAAUAUCAAUUCCAUGCGGUGUAACGAGCUCUGAUGUAACCCGUUAUUUCCAAAUCUAGCAAGUCCGUCGAGUAGAGUCUGUUGGUCGGGUGACCCGAGAAUUCUGUACAUAUAUACGUAGAGUGUAGAAUCGGAAAACGGCGUUAUCGUUGACAGAGGUGGCACGGGAGAGUCUUGUGAUCCUUUCCGAUCGUCCUCCUGUCGCCUGCCGCGGUGGCAGGUUCGAGACAAAUGAAUUGUUCUGGCUUGGAAGUAUUACAACAGGAUACAUUUGACGAAUUCGGUAUUACCUUGCCGGGUGUUUGAUACGACCAUCGCGUCGCUGUUAUUUAAGUUUUAUAUAUUACAAUCAGUAUAUAUUUAAUCUUAGAGAGAGAAUCCCCUAUUCACAUUUAAGUCUACGACCUUAGGGUGUAUAAUUGCGUUUCAAUUAGUAUUGGGAGGUGCCAUCGUAGAGAGAAAGAGCAUUGAGGAUUCUUUUCUUUUUUGUUUUGUUUUUUUUUUUUAGUAUUUUUCUCUAAGUUUAUAUUGUGUAUAUACAAUUGCAGACGUACAUGGACGGGCGAUACUAUGAGUGAACGAGUUUGUAGUUGAAAGUUACACGUACUAUCGGGCUCCUGAAUUUUCGUAGGGUAUCUUUUCGAUUUCUUUUUUCUCUUGACGCGCCGGAUAUUCUUCAAUUUUUCCGCGUAAAUACGACGAACAUCUCUCGGACAGUCUCGCCUUUUACUCAGGACAUUCCAUUAGAUCGGAUAAAUUGGCGACAAAUUUUCGAAUACAAAUCUACCACCCGAGAUGCAUGAAAACAGACAUUUCAAGUUAAGUAGUGUAGAGCGCGCACACAUAUUCUUAUGAUAUCUGUUUUUUUUUCUCCUCGGAUGCAUUAUGAUAUUAAUAUACCCAUACAGCACCAAAGCUUUCAGAAACAUUUCAGAAAACAUUGCAAUGUUGCAAUGUCGUACUGCAUUCUUCAAGCAAUAUGGAUCUCACGUCAAAGCACACAAUCGUUACUGAAAAAGAAACAGUUCGUUACACAAGUACGCGUUUUAGCGAAGGGAUUACAACGCGAAAAAUGCUAAAGCCCGACGAUAAGAAAAAGGCGGUGAGUAUAAUAUUGGAUCACAUAAGAAAGAACCCAAAAACAAGCCCAGAGAAGAUUCAGGCCGCACUCAAAGAUCGCCUAAACAUACCAGUUAGUUCAAUGCUGCUCUCCAAGUGGGUCUACAAAGUUAGGAAAAGCGAAGGGAUUCCAAUGCGAAGAAAGUUAAAGUCCAACGAAAAGGUAAAGGCGCUAAGUAUUAUAUUGGAUCACAUAAAAAAGAACCCAAAAGCAAAAGUAUCUGAUAUUCAGGCCGCACUCGAAGAUCAACACCAAAUAACAGUUAGUUUAUCGGCGGUAACAUUGUGGACUAAAAAAAAUUAGGAAAGGCGAAGGGAUUACAACGCGAAGAAUGCUAAAGCCCGACGAUAAGAAAAAGGCGGAAUGUUUCUGAAAGUUUUGGUGCUGUGUGGGUAGUCUUCGUUAAUAAUUUUUUGUUUUGCGAGAAACGGAUGAGCUUUAAUUUAUCUUAGAUGUUAUCAAUUCUAUGAUACCUCGUUAGUGCAUGCGCUGCGAAUGGAAGAGAGGGACACGAUGCUUAAAGUUCAUUCAUAGUAUAGGCUGUCGUUGAUAUCUGUGCCUAAUGAUGGUCUGGUCAAGAUAUAUCCUCGCGAUGAACAUUGCAGAAUUACGCGAGCUACGUAGGAUAGCGAUCGAGUACCGAUAUAUUUAUGUUUUUGGUUUGCAUCCUCGGAGAGCAAUGUUGUUUGAGCCCCCUACGGGGUCUCGUGACAGGGCAGGCCCCUUUAUCGAAGGAAACCUUCUUUCUAUCUUCUUGUAAAGUGUUAUCUAGCUUUAGCCGACCAUUGAUGGAGAGCCAACGAGAGAAAACAAAUUAUUUAGCCAAACUGUCGUCUCCUCAGACCUUACGAUACAAGAUGCGAGAACAUUUAAUCCUUUGUUGAAAAAACGAUGAAUUUUGCCUUGUUGUACAAUAAAGCGAAAAUUUGAAUGAA